AUGUCUUCAAAACAAAUUAAUAUUUUUUUGACUGGUGCAACUGGUUACAUUGGAGGUUCCAUUUUAACUGGUCUUCUUAAUCAUCCAAAUGCUUCGAAUUUCAAAAUAACUGCUCUCAUUCGUGGUGAUGAAAGUAGAGUAAAGAAACUCGAAUCACUUGGUGUUACUCCUGUUGUUGGAUCAAACGAUUCACAUGAUAUUAUUGAGAAAGCAGCAAGUCAAUCAGAUGUUGUUAUUCAUACAGCUGAUUCAGCUGAUGAUCUUCCUUCAGCAAAAUCAAUUGUCUCGGGUUUAAAUAAACGAACUCAAACAACAGGAAAACAAGUCAUUUAUAUACAUACUAGUGGUACUGGUGUUCUUGCUGAAGAUGUUCGUGGCAAAAGAGGAUCAAACACAGUUUACAACGAUCUUGAUCCUGACCAAAUCAAUGGUCUAGCUGAAAUUCAAAUACAUCGAAAUGUUGAUCUCUUUAUAAUCAAUGCAGCACAAGUUAACCCUUUAUUAAAAAGUGUUAUUGUUCUCCCCUCCGUCAUCUAUGGCACGGGCACGGGUCUGUUUAAGCGUCAAACCAUCGUAUUCGUAAAAUUAAUUCAGAUUGCCUUACAACAGGGAAAGCUAGGAUUGAUUGGACCAGGUGAAGCAACAUGGGAUAAUGUUCAUAUUGAUGAUUUAGUUGAUGCUUACAUUAUUCUUUUCAAUGAACUUCUCGCUGCUUAUGGACCUGAUGCGAAACCUGAUGUAAAACCUAAUCCAUAUUUAACUACAGGACGUGAAGGCUACUACUUUGUUGAAAAUGGGCGGAAUACAUGGCGAGAAAUAUUCGAAAAAGUCAGUGAAAUUUUACAUAAGAAAGGAUACAUUCAAUCAUCAAAAGUCACAAGUAUUCCCGAUGAUGAGAUAAAUACUGUUUUUCCUGAACCAUUUCGCUGGUUUCUUGGUACACAGUCAAAUGCUACGGCUCAGCGACUACGAAAAUUGGGAUGGAAACCAUAUCGACCUAGUGUUCUCGAUACUAUUGAACAAGAAGUUGAUGCUACAAUCAGCGAAAACAAAAAUUGA